UAUUAUUAAUUCUGGCUAAUUGAAUCAAAAGUGGCACAAAAUUAAAGUUAAGUCCUAAAAGGAAAAUGAGUUUCUAUUUGUUGCACAUUUUUUAUGUAUGUUCAAAAUUUACUGAAAUUAGUUGAAAUUUAGCAAAAUAUUAACACCAGUUUAUAUAAAUUGUUAUUAACUUAAGGGUCAGUUUGUAGAAGGAUGCACCAAUUAAUAACUACAAGAUAAUCUUUAAUAUGUAGCGUAAUUAUUUUACAUUGUGUACAUUUAUAUGAAGAAAAAAAACAGUAUCAUGGGUAUAAUUAUCACACAACGCGUUAUUUUUUUCUAUUUGAUUACACUUCUACAAUACACGUUCCAAACAAGAUAAUCGAUGUAUCUAAUUUGUAAUGCCUACUCAUUUGAGAUUCACGUUGAAUAAUAGUAUUAUUUUACCAAUAAAAGCACACAUACAUACCGACACUAUAUAUGACCGAUCCUGUGUUUUAUUUCAACAGUUAAAACCAAACCUUUGAUUAAUUAACAUGAGUUUCCAAAACAAAGUAGUCAUUGUAACCGGCGCAAGCGCAGGUAUUGGGGCCGCUAUAGCGGUUGGAUUUUCUAAAGAAGGCGCAAGCGUUGUUUUAGUUGGGCGAAAUGAAGAGAAUCUAAAAAGAGUUGCUGGUGAUUGUAAAGCACCAGGUUCGAGGGCUCUCAUUCUCAAAGCGGACGUGUCGAAUGGUGCAGAUCUUGCAAAAAUAGUCCCUGAAACAAUCGAGAAGUUCGGUAAAUUAGAUGUACUGGUAAACAAUGCUGGUAUUCUAAGGAGGUGCAGCCUUGAAGCAGGAACGCUCGUUAAUGCGUUUGAAGAAAUUUUGGCUACGAAUCUGCGUCCCAUUGUAACGUUGACUGAAACGGCGACUCCAUACCUGAUAGCUAGUAAGGGUAAUGUGGUGAACAUAUCGAGCGUUGCAGCAACGAAGGUGUUAACGUCUGAAUACACGGCGUAUAGUAUGCUGAAGGCUGCAUUAAAUACCUUUAGUAAAGGCGCUGCGCUGGAACUCGGGAAGCAUGGUGUGCGUAUAAAUUCCGUUAGCCCGGGGCCGGUUAAGACUGAAAUUUUUGCAUUAGCUGGAAUCAAUCUUCCAUAUGAAGAAAUAGGUAUUCCGACCGCUUUGAACUGCUGGGGUGAACCAGAAGAUAUCGCUGAUUUGGUGUUGUUUAUAGCCAGUGAUAAAGCGAAGAGUGUCACCGGUUCUAACUAUAUAGCGGACAACGGCUGUUUGUUAUAUUGAAUUUUUAACGUUAUUAUAAAAAGUGUUAUUCUGUGCUGUCCGCCAUUGUUAAUUUCUGCGUAGUAAUUAAAAACUUUGUUUAAUUAAUUUUUGCAAUAAUUUGCUACAAUAAAUUUUAUUUGAAUUAUUCAAGGUUACGAGAACGUUAAUAGGUACUGUAUGGUUUUGACCUCCUUUUUGAAGUUUCUAUAAAACAGAUUUCGUUGUUAAUAUAAAGUUUUUUGUUGUAUGAAAAAAGCUCGCUGAAGAUUUAGAUUCGCUCUUACUUGACCUAAAUGAAAUCGGUAUUUGCCAGAAUUGGAUAUAAAUCGCACUGUAGACCCAUUUAUCGCGAAUAUUGUCGGAUAUUUAUUAGGCUAUAAAGGGCAUUAGGACAAUAUGCCAUUAGGCAUAAUGAGAAAAUGAAAGUAAGAUUUUCGUAGUACAGUGUAAUCCGGUAUUAUAUUCUCGUAUUAA